CAAAAAGGAUCCUUUUUCGACAGAGAGGACCCGGCGGUCGUUCGCCAACUACUCUACGGUGUCGUAGAUGGAUGUUAAGGAUAAGCGAAAAGGGACAAAGCAAAACAGGACCAACAACAUCAAAACGGCCAGAGUAUGUUUGUGUUGAAAUCACAUCAGUUUGUUCCUCGCUGUUCGAUGCACAUGCAGUUGUAGCAGCAGCAGCAGUGUUGCAAUCGUAAGCAUUAGUGCACAGUCAACACAGUUAAAUCGACUAGUUAGAGGAGCAAGCGAGUUUCGAAUCGAUUCCAUCCUAGCCCUUUGGCGGGUCUUUAAACAAUCCUCUGCUGGCGCUGAGAGCGGACAAUUUGAGCCUUACGCGUACCUGUGCGAUUAGCGUUAGUGAGUGUAUGUGUGUGUGUUAUUUUCAGAUCGUUCGUUCGUUCGUUGGCGGUCGGUCGGUCGGUCAGUCGGUCCGUCACACGGAGAGCGCUGGUACAAACGCCAGCAAUCGAUUCCGGCCGAAGUAACGUGGUUGGGUGGUUUAUGUGGGUCCUUCGACGGACUUCACUUGUGUUUGUAAAGCGCUCAAACGACACCCAACAGGUCUCGCCCAGGAUUGUUUGUGACGGUACGGCGUCACCGUUUGCGUGUCAUGUGGUUCCUGCCGUUUAUUUUAACAAUUGCAUCGCAACACUCCCGGCGCGUUUGGUGGUUGGCGCCUUGCUAGCAACGAAACGAAAAACAACGCGUUCAGUCGCUCGGACGGCCUUGAAGAGUGCAGUUGGCCUACUACUGGCAGAGGAGCCUAGGACCUGUGACUGUGGGAAUGGUGCACUGAACGGGAAGAGUAAUUAACACAGACGAGACAUGAAGCGGUCCUACGCAGCGUUAAUAGGACCGGUGCUAUGGUGGGUGGUUUGCUUGGCAUGGAUCGAACGAUCGUUAGCGCAGGAAAAACCAACGUUUCGCAUAAUAGCACCCGAGUUUAUCUGUAAUCCGGCCCAAGGUCAUGGCAGCACGACCGAUAGUAGCGGUGCAGCGGCCGGUGGUGCCACCGGUGGGAAUUUCACACAAUCCGCAUCCGCACGCCACCUAACGAUCGGCUUUCAAACGAAUGGCGGGCAGCAGCUGCACUACCGGGUGAAAACGUACUUUACGCUGCUGGGCGACACCGCAUUCAUCAGCCAGCGGCAUACGGUCGGGCUGUGGCGGGCCGUACGCCAGCUCGAGCAGCGUGUCCGGCGCGAACGGGACGUGAUCGCGCAGCGCGGACAGAUGACGAUCGGUACGGACGAGCUGGUACCGGGCGUAGUGUACACGUUCGGCGUGGUCGCGCUCGAUGCGGCCGGCGUGGAGAGCGAGGAGCAAAACUUUACUAUGACCUACCGGGACGCGGACCAGGGUGCCUCGUUCGAGCACGGUGGGUCCACGCGGGGCGGUAACGACGUGUCGCUGGUAAUGCUGGGCGCCGAGCGGACGUACGCGGACGUGGACUAUCUCGUGACGGCGCAGCUCAUAUUUUGUGUCCGGCGGGUGGAUUACUUCUAUCGCUGGACCAUCGCCGAGGACGGAGGGCGCAACGACAGCGAACCGCUGGCGGUUGCGAUGGAACGCUCCAAGACGCUUACCGUGCCGGCGGGUACGUUGCUUCCCGGCCAGGCGUACGACAUCGAGGUGCGGGUGUAUUCGACGUCCAGUGUGGAUGAAAUGAUUGCGAGGGCACGCAUGACGGUGCGCGUUUUGCGCCGUGUCCCAACAGCUGUUCUGUUUCCCGUCGAUGCCGUGGUCGGCAUUGAUCAAACCGUGCGGGUGCGAUCGUACGUGUCCGGUGGCGGGGAGGGGAUGGUGUGGUCCUGCCAGAGCUCGAAUGCGGACGGCAAUUGUGACGACACGUUCGAGGUGAGCGAUGGCGAGGCACUGGUAACCUUCUACAAGGAGGGUCAGUACGUUGUGCAGGCCUCCAUUGCCGGCGGGGAGGAACGGGAAUCCGAACCACGGUGGACGUCGCUGUUGGUGGUUCAUCCGAAGGUUACACCCGCGGUUCGCGUGCUCCAGUGGUCUCAGUAUCCGGCCGUUGCCGGGGAACCGUUCGAGCUGCUCGUGAGCGUGGCCGGACUCGUGCCGAACUGUUACUCCAACUGGACCGUGCUGAAGGAGGAGGGCGGCUUUGCGUAUUUCGAUCCCGCGCAGCUGCCGAACGGCCGCACCUUGGGUGGUCUGUUCAUACGCGAUGUGGAGGAAAACUUUCUUGCCGAGCUGGUGGACUAUGGGAACGAUACGGUCGUGAAGGAUGUGCCAUUGUCCAUUCCGGGUCGAUCGCUUACCGGACCGUGGAAGGGGCUGGAACCGAACGCGCGCUAUAAAUUGCGCCUGGAAACGGUCUGCCCCGAACCGAUCGACGAUAGCAAACCGGGCGGACCACAAGCUUCACGCGAACCGAUCAAAAGCCACUGGACGUUCGUGCUGGAGACAAACGGAGCACCGGAAGCGGUGCUACCGAUGGUGUUGACCCCGGAAGCGAAUGGAACGGCCCUAGACACCGUGUACAAGCUGGCGACCGGGAUCGCGAAGGACACCGAACUGGACUACCCGUUGCGAUACAGCUUCUGGUACGUGGCCGACGGUGUGGACGUACACGUGGCCACCUACUGCGAGAUAACAUCGGCCGAAACGGUUCUUCCGUACAGUAAAACUGGUUGCGUCGGAACGUACGCGGUCGUGUGCGAUUCACGCGGCGCCUGUUCGAAGAUCAUCGGUCCGGACGCUUGCGUGCUUCCCGGGGCUGAACCAUCGGCGGAAGCUGUACUGUGGGCGCUGGAAUCGGUGGAGGCAUUUUUUGAUCGGCUCAACUAUCGCGAUGCGUUGAAAAAUGCAUUCGAGCUGCUGAUAACGUUGCGCAACCGGCACUCGCCCCAGUACGACGGCGCGUACCGCCGGUUCGUCGAGCAGUUGCAGCAAUCCAUUGCGCACAUCCGCAAGGUGUACGCGGAAACGGCGUACCUGUCCGAGGCCGCAAUCCAGGAGUUCAUCGUGCAGGCAAAGCCCCUGCUCGAUCUGGAGGAGGCGAACAAUCACGCGCUGUUUGAGCAGUUGCUGGAGCUAAUGGACGCGUCGCCAAGGCCGAAACGCUCCGCACCAGCGCCCUCAAUGGUCGGAGGUGCGAGCAAACUCAACACCAAGCUGCUACUGAUGGAGAGCUUAACUGUAUCGAAAAACGUGUCCGUUGCGCGGCAGGCACGUACGAGUUUGUUAAGCUUCGUGCAUCAGGCCGCCCGGAACUAUUGCGCGCAGGAGCCGCACUACGUUUUUGUGGGCCAGCUGCUUACGCUGGAGGUGAAUCGCUACCGUAGCGUUGCGGAAAUGAACGUUGGCCACGUGCCGAUUCCGAACCACGUGCUGCUCAGCACUCCCGCCGGCCGCGGCCGGCUUCUGGACGCCUUCCCCGAGACGGAGUAUUUCUGUCUGGGGCGCGUAUACUACGCCCGCGAUCUGUUUGUCGAGCGGGCCGAGCAAGCGCACGAGCUGGACCUGGGCUUCUACGAAGCGUUCGUGCUGUCGGUGGAGAAGGGCGGCAUGUGGACGCUGGUGGACUGGAGAAAUGACUACUUUCUGUGGUCGCUGGACGGACGCCGGCUGCCGAACGUGACGUGUCAAACGUGGGGCAACGGUGUAUGGAGCGGCAGGGACUGCACUACCGUCGAAACGGCCACGGAUGAAGUGCGGUGUAAUUGUACCAAGCUAGCAUACCUUAGAAUCUCAAACGAAACAGAACCAGCCCCAAUCGAGGAGUCCAGUGGAUACUCAUCAACGGAACCCUAUGCAAUGUUCUCGACAAGCGGUCUCCAGUCUACAGUCGCUCCCGAACCAGCAAACACUUCCAAUGUGGUGAGUUCGGAGCCCGAUCUCAUGUCUACGUCACCGGCAACAAGCGUGCGCCCGACCGUGAUUACGUCCGAUGUUGUAACUGCUACCGAAAGCGAUAUGGUGACUCUGCCAGACAAUGCGACCGAACGUGCGGAAACCUUUCCUAUCGUACCGUCACCGAACACGUCCAUCGCUCACCAGAAUGGACCGAGCGCUCUUCUUCAGGGCGGUAACGAAACCGGCUCCUCCAAUAAUCAGACCAACCGAUCGAUGGCGGUUUCUUCGCUCGGAUAUACGGUCGUUGCAGCACUGGCUGUUGCUGCGCUAACGCUGGUCGUGUUAACUGUAGCGUACCGGAGGCGCAAAGCCGUUCUGCGUCUGGCCGAUGAGCUACAGACCGUACCGUCCAGAGCACGUACACAGCCAUCGCCACACGUGCGGUAUGCUCGGUUUCAAGAUGAACACAAUAUGACCGGCGACAACGUGUCCACCAUAUCGGACGUACUGGCAAUCUAAUGCGGAUCAUUUGGGCUGUGGUUUUGAGUGUUAAUGAACCGACCUGCGUUUAAGCGUUCUCUCGCUUUCCCACCAGAAGUGAUCUCAAGAUAUCUUUAAACCCCACCCUGCUUCUAUUAUCCUAUGACACAUUGCAUGUGUGUGUGUAGUUGCCACUUUUGUGAUUUUAGCGUAGUGUAUGCAUGUACAAUUUCACAACGAUAGAUGUGAGCAAAGGUAAUAAUCACGUUAUAUUUGUAGAAGCUGAUAUGUUUUAUGGAAAAGUAAAUUCUUCGUCGGUUUUGGAGGCAAUAAAAUACAAGAACAUAAAAAUAAGCAAAUAAAUACAGAGUUUGGCAAUAAUUUCUUAACCUCUUCUUAACCACUAUCGUUGAAUUGUUCGCUAACAUAUUCAGGCUUUUCACUCAAACGGACAUUUCGUUCAUUUUGGCAAUCGGCGUUCCCGUUCGAGUUACCGUCGGCAGAUGCGAGUUUUUUUUUCGGAAACAUGCAAAUUUAACUAUACCAAGAACAUAAAUCUAAGCAUUCUUUGUUUGUAGUUAAGGUAAACGUUAGUUUAGCCACACUCUCGUCACUCAUAUUUCCAGGUCAUUUUAUACAGUUCCGCAGACAACUUAUCAGAAAAUCUUUUUCACUCAUCGUUGAGGACACUCUUUAGCUAUGCUCCUGUGAAAAUUACGCUGAAUUAAAAUAUGGAGACAGGACAUUAGAGUGGAAGUGGUCUAGUAAGACGAGUUAAGAACCAUAGCGGUUACAGGAAAAAGGCCGUGUUGAAGCUUCGAGCAGGGUGAUGGACGUGAAUCUCGAUAGUAUGAAUGUAAAACUUCAACAAAUUACUCGCAGACAGAAGCUAAGCUACUGACCUCCGGGUCUCCUUCGGCCACGGGGCGUCAUGCGGUUUUUUAGUCCGCAUUAUGGUUGAUUUGUCACUGAAGGUGACAUGCCACUCAUUGCGCGACAUGGUAGCAACAUACUGUGCGUUAGGAAGAGCAAUCGACUGCAGAAAAACACAAUGGAAGUGUAGUGCGUCCAAGGGGAUAGGAAAGGAUGCCUACGGUAACCAUAUAGAGCUCAGAAUGUACCGUCCCCCGUAGCAAGGAUUGACUAUCAGGCUACAUGGUAAUGAAUAAAGUCUCGAAAGCCUGUAUAGGCCUGCCGGCAUGUCCGCGAUGUUACGCCAAAUAGAAGAAGAUUUUAAAGACUCAAGAAGACCACAAGAGCGCAAAAGCGGAAUGUUGGGCAUACCAAGAUUGUCUCUUCUGUAAGUACGCAUUUGGGAUUGAAUAGGAUCAUCAAAUAAGAGUUUUCGGAAAAUCUUUGAAUUCCAGUGCACUCGGCAGAUUGCUACCGGUCCUUGACUAGUUCAUAUAAAAAGUUAAAAUGUAAUUUAAUAUUACAUUAAAAGAAAGUUAUCUGAAUAAGAGGCUGUUCGUAUAACAAGUGAGUUACUGGAAAUAAAUAAAUUUGUUAUGCAAGGUUAAUUAUAUCUCAAGAAUAAGCUGUAAGUUACUUAUAAUAAAGCCCUAGAGGCAAAUAAAUAAAAUUAAAUAAAUUAAAUAA